AAUGGCAAAUAAUCAGUACUUGGCACCAUCAGUCUCGCAGCGAACACAAGGCAACGGAUGGAACGUCCCGCGGCUCCCGCCUACCGUGUCAGUUUGUCUUGGAACAUGUUGCGGUGCGCAGUGCAAGUUGUCACGCUCUUCUUGGGCCUCGCUCUUGCAGGUGGGGCUGCGGCUCAGCAUUCUCAGGAGGUGGUCUGUUACCUCGGCUCUUGGGCUGUGUACAGACCCUCAAAUGGCAAAUUCAGCAUAGAAAACAUUGAUCCUACAUUAUGUACUACUCUAAUCUAUGCCUUUGUAGGCAUUGACAACACCACCUACAACAUGCAGUCCCUUGAUCCAGAGUAUGACUUCAAAAAGAAGGCUCUACAAAGGUUUGUCAACAUGAAGAGUCUCAAUCCUCGGCUGAAGGUGCUGUUGGCAGUGGGAGGUUGGACAGAGGGUUCCACCAAGUACUCCGCCAUGGCUGCAACAGCUGCCACCAGGAAGGCUUUCAUUGACUCAUCCAUAAAGUUCAUUCAGGAUCAUGGUUUUGAUGGGCUUGACCUAGACUGGGAGUACCCUGCCAAUAGGGGUGGCAAACCAGAAGACAAGGACAACUUUGUUGCUCUUGUUAAGGAACUCCGCAGAGAAUUUGUUAAAUAUGGCUGGAUGUUGACAGCUGCUUUGGCUGCAGGAAAGGCAACAAUUGAGACAGCAUAUGACAUAGAUGACUUGGCACAAGACCUGGAUUUCAUGCACAUCAUGGCAUAUGACUACCAUGGAAAAUGGGAUGGUCAUACUGGGCACAAUGCUCCACUGUAUCCACGUGAGGAUGAGCCAGAGGAAGAGAAAUCCCUGAAUGUGGAUGCCUCUGUUCAGCUGUACCUGGACUCUGGUGCUCCACCUCACAAGUUGGUGUUGGGGCUUGGUCUGUAUGGUCGCACCUUCCUGCUCCGAGAUGCAUCCAACCCAGGAAUCAAUGCUCCAUCUCAUUCUACUGCCUUUGCUGGACCAUACACAAGAGAAGAUGGCUUCCUUGGUUACAAUGAGAUAUGUGAAAAGCAAACCACUGAGGAAGGACUUUGGCAGAUAGUAUGGCAGAAAGCUCACCAAGUUCCUUACAUGUUCAGAGACAACAUGUGGGUCGGCUAUGAUGAUGACGUCUCACUUAACCUGAAAGCAGCCUACGCCCAGAGGCUGGGUCUUGGUGGAGUCAUGAUUUGGUCUAUUGACACAGAUGACUUCACGGGUGCAUGUUCUCAAAAAGGAAUCAAGUUUCCAAUGCUGCGUGCCAUCAACCAAGCACUCAGUCAACAUGCUGACACGAGGCCACCACCUCCCACUCCUGAACCCAAGCCAGAUAUUGACUUGGAUGUGGAUAAUGAUCUGGAUGAUAACCGCUAUGAUAUAGAUGACACAAGGACCUCUCCUGUGGACUCUGGUGUUGCCUCAGUCUCCUAUCCAGUACUCAACAUUGCUCUUGGAUUAGCAUUUGCAAUUACUCUAGUUCACUAAAUAGUUCUAAAAAUCAUGCAUACAUCUUCCUUAUAAUGAAUGUUUACAAAAAAAUAUAUAAUGAUAUAUUGUUACUUAGAUUUGUGAAUAAUUUACAUUAGUCAAUAUUUUUUUUCAUUUACUUGCUAUAUUUGUAUAAUGAUACAGUAAUUUAAUAACAAAUAUUUGAAAAUAAAUUCUCAAAAUGCAUUUAAAUUAUUAAAAAAAAAAAGAAACUCAUUAGUUCCUGAUCAUUGAAUAUCUGAAGACGUGUGUACAUAAAAUAUAUGUAUUUUUAUGUUUAACACAGUCAGUUGUAGAGAUUCUACUGAAUGAUGCUGGUGAAGCAUUGUGGUUCACCUCUGGUAUUCAGUGUUUAGCACCCCCUGUCUGUAGGAUCUUUGUACAGUAAUUGUAUGUACACACACACACACACACACACACACACACACACACACACACACACACACACACACACACACACACACACACACACACAAUAUAUAUAUAUAUAUAUAUAUAUAUAUAUAUAUAUAUAUAUAUAUAUAUAUAUAUAUAUAUAUAUAUAUAUAUAUAUAUAUAUAUAUAUAUAUAUAUAUAUAUAUAUAUAUUUCCUUGAUCAUAUAUUUUUAGUAAUACAUUGCACAAAAUAGUAUUUUUUCUUCAUUUAUUAAGUUUGAGAGAUCAAUUGUUAUUCAUAUAUGGGGCAUAUGUGUGUGUGUGUGCAUAUACAUAUAUACUGUGAAUCCAAGGUUUGAAUUUAAUGUCAUGAUUAUCUUUGCAUAUGUAUAUGCAGCCUCAUUUUGUAAGGCCUGUACUUUACAAAUAUUUGAAAUAUGAUGCAAAGGAAAUUCCUCAUAUUUGGAAGAAUGUGAUUAAGCAGAUACAUUUCCAGGGUUUGCAUAGUCAUAUUAAGGUAGGUACCAAUUGUUAGUAUUUUAUCCAGUAUACUACAUAGUGCCUUCCCAUGAAAUUGAGAAUAAAGUUACUGAGAAAAUC